AUGUACGCGGGCGCGUGGUGGCUGUUACCCGCAUCUUCUCACUGGCAACGCGACGUUCCAUCCCCUCAAAUCCAACUUCCCCAGGGUUUUGUCACAGGUCUUAGUGCGCCCCAAUUCGAUCAGGAUUAUUUCCUGGGCAUUCCGUAUGCUCAGCCUCCAUUGGACAAGUUGAGGUUUGCGAAGCCCCAACCACUGAGACCGAAUCCGAGUCACAAGGUGGACGCUACCCAGUACGGAAAAGCAUGUUUUCAACCGCUUAAUACCACCCCGAUCAUAACAGCUUCUGACUUGUCAGAAGAUUGUCUUUUUGUCAAUGUCUUUCGACCCUCGAACUUUCCCCAUGGUGCGAAACUUCCUGUGAUGGUUUGGAUUCAUGGAGGAGGUUUUGCUUUCGGUGCGUCGCAACUAUACAAUGGCUUGGUGAUCGUCGAGCAAAGCGUUCAUCUGAAUGAAUCUAUCAUCUACGUCUCCUUCAAUUACCGUCUAAAUGCUUUUGGUUUCCUCGCUGCUCCUCAACUGGCACACGCUUCUACCACCGGAACACUCAAUGCCGGCUUACAUGAUAUGAUUGGCGCAUUGAAAUGGGUACAGGAGAAUAUUGCUGCUUUUGGAGGAGACAAAGACCGAGUGACAGUGUUUGGUCAGUCGGCAGGUGCAGUUGGGAUUGGAUCUCUCCUUGUCGCUGGAGGUGGGCAUUAUGUGAAACAGCACAAUCUAUUCCAUGGCGCCAUUAUGGAGAGCGGAGCUCCAGGAAGUGCCCCCGUUCCUACUGUGUCCGAUGUCCUGCCCUGGACCGAUAUAUUUGCUGCAGCGGCAGGCUGUCUUCCCUCAGAUCCCUCGAUCAUAUCAUGUCUUCGUUCCAAAUCUUCCGAGGCGCUUUACCGUGCUUCACUCGUGACGUUAAAUACGACAGACCCCGCAUUUAUUUUCAACCAUGUGGUGGAUGGGUUCUUUUUCGAGGAGGGGAAACGUGCCGCGGAAGAAGUAAGAAGGGGAAAUGUGGCGGGUGUCCCUAUCAUCACGGGGUGCAAUCUCGACGAAGGGACGUUGUUCGUGCCCCACACGUUCAACACGGCGGACGAAAUAGUGAAUUAUUUCCGAGAAUUUUUCUACCUCGGGAACCUUAGUGUGGCGACGUCAGAACAAAGGAGGCUUUUCAAGGGCCUUCUGGAGCUAUACCCCGAUAUUCCCGCAAUCGGAAGUCCCUAUGAUCCUGUCGGGGUAAGUAAAGACGAUCGGUUCUUUGGGCCCAAUAAUCAAUACAAGAGAGCCGCGAGUUUAUUUGGGGAUGUCGUCUUCCACAGCGGUCGACGCGCAUUGUUGGAUGCGUAUAUUCGGCGCUUUGUGUUCUACCCGGCAUGGACAUACCUGUAUACACAAGUGACUUCAGAAGAACCAGUGUACGAUGGUGUUUUUCACGGAAGUGAGAUUCCAGCUGUAUUUGGCCUGUAUGCCGUCCAGAAUGGGACCACUGUUCUGGGCACAACCUCGUUAUAUAUGAUGAAGGCCUGGGUCGCCUUCGCGAAUUCCUUCGAUCCUAACCGCCCAUCUUUGCCAAAUUGGCCCAAGUAUGGAAAGCAACGCCACAUGUUGCAGAUAGGGAAUGGGCACUUCGAUGUCAUCACUGAUGAUUUCCGAAAGACGGGAAUAGAAUUCUUGCAGAGGAAGGACUUUACGGACACGUUUAAUUUCUAA